ACACAAAUAGUGGCUCUCACUCACACGCACUCGACUUUUCUUUUGUUUUUCAUAAUAAAUAUAGUUUUUAUUAAGUUGUGUGGUGUAUGAAAUUUAUAAUUAUGUGAUGUUAUAGUGACAAUAUUCAAAUAAGUGAGAAUCAAUGGGGAAAAUUGAAUCUCUUCAUGGUUGUUAUGUUUUACAUAGAGUAGGAAAAUUUGGAUACCAUAAACAAACAAAAUGCUAAGCAGAGCGAGAUGGCUGAUGUUGGCGAUUUCCGCCAUGCUUGCGCUGCAGUCGCGAGGUGAAGGAGGCAUACGUCUGCCAGACCAGCCACCACAAGAAGAGGGGAGGUCAUUGAACUUCAAUGAUGAUAAUGGACGAUCGCCUCAAGCAGAAGGACGUGGUCUUCUGGACUGGAUAGGUUUAGGAGAAGACCAGGACCCUUACAUCCAGCAGGCGACGCAGCAGUGUAUUAGUGGAGACCUGGCUGACUGCUUCAAGGCUCAAGCAUUACGGUCUUUUGACGACUUCUUCGAUAAACAUGCUUAUCAAUUGUCAGAUAACGCAGUGCUCGUAAAGGUAGAAUCGCAAGCAAGGGCGCUGUCUCGGGAACCUCCGGAGUUCAGUUCCCAGCCAAGGAGUGAUGACUCUGAUUGGGACGGCCUUGUCAAAUAUGGGUUGAGGAAAAUUGAGAGGUUUUUACGAUCAACCGCUCUGGAAAUGCAGUUAGACAACGAAGUGACAUCAAACGGAGUCAUAGCCCCGCGUUUUAUUGACGAGAUCGCUGAUGAAGUAGACAUUAUUGAGGACAAGAAGGCUUCCCCGUUCCGUCGUCACAAGCUCAAGAAGCUGAUUAUACCUAUGCUUUUGAUCCUAAAGCUGUUCAAGCUGAAACUACUCCUCUUCUUACCUCUCAUUCUUGGUCUGGCCAGCUUCAAGAAGUUCCUUGGAUUCAUGGCUCUUGUUAUUCCUGGUGUUAUCGGCUAUUUCAAAUUCUGCAAGCCCAACCUAUCAUCUCCGUUCUCUUCUAACCAUUUCUCGGCACCUCAGUACUCGCCAGCUGGAAUUGGAGUCAGUCCCUACAGAGAACCUGCACAUUAUGGACAUUAUGAUACCUAUGCCGGUCACAAAUAUGGUUCGGGCGUAGCGUUCCGAGAUCACGAGGCGAAUCCACAAGACCUCGCGUACCAGGGAUGGGAAUAUAGAAAUAAAAAAGGCUCAGAUGACAUUAAAGCUGAAGAAGCUUAAAGUUUAUUUAUAGAAGUAAAUUAAUGCUCAGGUUACCAGUAAUCAUAUAUUGCAAAUUUAAAUCAUAUUAAAUAUACUCGUAGAAGUCUUAAAGGUGCCAAAAUUAAGCAACAUUCUAGACUAUUUUGUAAGGGUUGUUUCGCAUAAUAAAAGUGCCAAUUUUAUAUUGCUAUUGUAUCUCCCCGUAUAUUGUUAUAAUUAUACGUUAUAUUUUCCAUUGUAAUUGAAAAUAUUGCGAAUUCUGACAAUGCUAUUUAUCGGUAACGAAUUCACUGGAAUCGGUUUUUUCUUUCAAAUAUAAUAUGCUUAGAAACGUUUUGUACAGAAUAUAUUUCAAUAUGUACAAUAAGAUGCCUUAUAAAUAAUUUUUGUUGUUACUAUACUCGAGUACCAAAAGGUACGAAUAAGUGUAAACUUUAUAAGUUUUUGUAAAUAGAAUCUAUUCUUUUAAUUUAUAAGAUGUUAUAUUUUAUUUUAACAUUAUUUGUUUUAUAAAUAGAAAUAAAAACUUCACAUUACAA